GUGCCUUUCUUGGGCUGGAUCCAGAUCCUCGUCUUCUGCGGCAUGGUGGACUUCGGCCUGUACAGGGCGGAUCCCUCCCGUGACCCUGGUGACUACGAGAACGCCGGUAUCCUCGGCGUGCCCAACGCCAGUGGCCCAAUGGCAGAUGCCGAGGGCCGCAAGAGGAAGCUGAACUCCGAGUUGGCCAACGGCCGCCUUGCAAUGAUGGCCAUCACCGGCAUGCUGUUCCAAAACGGACCGGGGCACUGGUUUCGGCUUCCGAUCUUAGGCACUCUUCCAAGAUUGGCCGUGGGAGAUUCCUAG